GUCGACCAGCCGGCAGGGGGCGGCAGAGACCCGCGGGUGGAUCUGAGGAGCCGCAUUUACGAAGCACGAAGAAGAGGAAAGAGGAAGAACAGCAGGCGACGUCAUCAGACAACAGAGCGAGUCAGACAUGGCGACAGGAGUGGAUCAAGCUGCGGGCAUGAGCCUGGUCGUCUUCAGCCUGCUGCUGUUCUCCUACUACUCGGUGUGGGUCGUCGUCCUGCCGUUUGUUGACAGCGACCACGUCCUGCACCAGUACUUCCUUCCUCGGGAAUACUCGGUCAUUCUUCCGGGGAUCGCAGCAGUGAUCCUGCUCCUCUGUGUCGGCGCCUUCACUGCAUUCAUCAUGUGGAAAAGUCGCAAACCGAAGAAAGUGGACUGAUGUCAGACGUCUUCUGUAGAUUUAAAUCCUCUGUUGACAGAAAAAAACGACAGACAAAAAACACCCCAGCUCCCUGCUCAGCUACUGGCUCCUGAACGACGAUGUCGUCGGUGCUCUCAAGGUUAGAUUUGUUCAAAAGUAAGAGACGAAAUUUAUAUUUUUCUAUUGACGUGAUAAGUAAAGCCAGUAGACUGCGCCCCCUGCUGGUGAAAGUGAGCAGAACACACAAUAAACACACUUGAGUAAACUGGCUACAAACAACCCACAAUGCAUCAGUGGUCGCCAUUCUAAAAGAAUAACUCAGAUCAUAUGAUGUGGUUUACAGGAAAAUACAGGUUUUAUAUUUCGGCCAGAGUUGUGAUUGACAGUGACAUGGAUUUGAGUGAAGGAGGCGGAGCUUGUCAAUGUGUGAGUGGGAAAAAAUAUUAUGGAAUCCACUAUUAUUGAACGCAGCGUGGAAAUUAAAACUCUGUAAAUAUUGUGACAUAUUGUAUAUGAGUCAGAUUGUGUCGAGAGAUGAUUUCUUGUAAAUGAUUUGGAAUGAAAAUCUCUCACACACACACUGAACUUUCUCUGCGCAAUAAAUUGUUGAAGCUGAAAAA